UACAACCCACACUGUAUUUACAGCAGAUUGUGAAGUUAUUCAGUCAUGUUAUACAUGGGAACCCUGUUUCAAAUACUUCUCUUGUUUUGUCUCUCCGUGCAGCUUCAAACCAAAGGGGGCAGGGAUGACACUCCAAUACUAGCAAUCAAAUAUGGUCGGCUUCAAGGCAAAACAAUAAAGGUAAAAGAAACAGAUCAAGCAGUCCAUGCAUUUUAUGGGAUACCAUUUGCAAAACCUCCAGUAGGACCAUUAAGAUUUGCAGCUCCACAACCCCCUGAGCCAUGGGACUCCAUCAGAGAUGCAACAAAAUAUCCACCAAUAUGUUUGCAAAAUCUACUAGACUCAGAGAAAUUUAAAGAACUCUUACAAUCAAAUGCAGAGAUACCACCAGUUUCAGAAGACUGCUUGUUUCUAAACAUAUAUACACCAGUAAAAAGGAAACUGAAUUUCAAGUUGCCAGUCAUGGUGUUCAUACAUGGAGGGGGCCUGGUUAUGGGAGGAGCCUCUUUUUAUGAUGGAUCAGCAUUGUCUGCCUAUGAAAAUGUGGUGAUGGUUUCAAUCCAGUAUAGACUGGGUAUACUGGGAUUUUUUAGUUCUGGUGAUGAGCAAGCACGUGGAAACUAUGGAUUUUUGGAUCAAGUUGCUGCUUUGCAGUGGAUACAAGAAAAUAUUGAGGCUUUUGGAGGUGACCCACAGACUGUUACUAUUUUUGGUGAAUCUGCUGGUGGAGUUAGCGUAGCUGCACAUGUGUUGUCACCUUUAUCCAAAGGCUUGUUCCACAGAGCUAUAUCUGAGAGUGGAGUUGCAAUAAUGCCCAGUCUAGUUACUACUAAAGCAGAAGAACUGAUUUAUUUCAGAAAUUUCAUUGCCAAUAGUUCUGGCUGUGAUACAGAUGAAGUGGUAGGCUGCUUGAAGAGAAAAACAGAAGAGGAGAUUCUUACAAUUGCUAAAUCAAUGGUAAUGGGAGCUAUAACUGCUUGUGUAGAUGGAGUGUUUCUUCCCAAAAGUGCAGAGCAGAUUUUGAUUGACAAAGAAAUAAACCGUGUCCCCUUUUUGAUUGGAGUUAACAAUCAUGAGUUUGGAUGGAUUCUUCCACUGUUGAUGAAUAUCAGUGGAUUAGCAGAAGGAAUGAAUAUAGACACCGUAGAAUCUGUGCUGCAGAACCUUCCUUUACUUGGCUUCAGUUCUGAAUCAUUUAGUAUAAUAAUGAAAGAGUACUUUAGUGACGUAGAAGAUCCUCAAGAAAUUCGAUCCAGAUUCCUUGAUAUAGCCGGGGAUAUUGCCUUUGUUGUGCCAGCCAUCAAAACUGCAAAAUACCAUAGAGAUUCUGGCUUGCCUGUUUAUUUCUAUGAAUUUCAGCACCGUCCCUCAAUCUUUAAAGAUUCCAAGCCAGCUUUUGUUAAAGCAGAUCAUGCUGAUGAAAUUCCCUCUGUUCUGGGAAGUCCAUUCUUGACUGAAGAAACCGUCUUCAGAUUGCCUGCUACUGAUGAAGAAAAAACCCUAAGCAGACAAGUUAUGAAAUAUUGGGCCAACUUUGCUAGAAAUGGGGACCCUAAUGGACCCGGUUUGGCACAUUGGCCAGUGUAUGAUCAAGAUGAAGCUUAUCUAGAAAUUGACUUGAAACAGAAGUCAGCAAAGAAGCUAAUAGAGAAGAGAGUGGAAUUCUGGACCACCACACUUCCUGAAAAACUUAAGAAGUUGUAUGACAAGAAGGCAGACCGUACAGAACUUUAGCUUUAUGUAUUUUUAAUGUUUCAAAACCGAUGCCAGUUGUAAAAUGUUCACUAUAGAGGAGAAUAAAACAGCUCUUUUAAUUGGUAAA